GCUUGUACUGCACUGAACCUCUGUUGCCAGAGUCUGGUGUUUCUAUUGCUUUCACUAUUACUGGGACAUUUUUUGCCAGAUGUGUUCUGUAUUCGAACCCAUAUUUGCUCCCACUCUUCUGGCAUGUUUAUUGCCAUGUCCGUUUCCGGAGCAAUUCCACGGCUUUCGUCAAUUGCCCUGAGCUGUCUUUGUCCCAGAAGCCCGCGGGCUCUCUUUGUGGGAACCUCAGAGGCCGUAGUUCUUAAAGGCCAUCUCGCCCGAGCGCCUCUCCCCCUCCGAGACUCGAUCCACUUGACAUACUAUCCGUCAGCGUACUGCAGCAAGCAUGGCCUCUCCUCCCACCUCUGCUCCCACCUCUGCUGUCUAUACGAUGCCUCCGCUGCCAAACAAGCGAGACCAAAAACCAGUCGGUGCGGAUCUCAUCGUCACCUACCACUCCGACUUGGCUCAGUGCGCAGUCCUCCCAACCGGCUCGCGGUAUACGGCUGCGAGAGGGUUCAAACCGGCACCUUCCUACCCUUCACCCAACCCGCCUUCAUUCACGACCUCUAUUCGCGCCUGCUCAGCCCUAGAGAUGAUUAGAGCUCAGGCCUUCCUUUCAUACUCUCCAUGUUCAACGCCGAAGCAAGGACGGCGACUCUGGAGGAAGACUGAGAGGGGAAGUGGUCCAGCAUCGUCGCCCGACUCCUGCCAAACAAGCUGACCUUUCAAGGAGUUGCUUUGGACGGAUGGGAGUCAGAGGAUACCCAGUUCGUGCAGGUUUCACAGGCACUGCCGCGCGAUGACGGCUUGACACCGUACGUGAUCCCACUUGGUCCUCGUGCUGGUCUCGGAUGCUUAUACGCCCAAGUAUU